UUGCUUUGCUGCCGUUUCUGCUUCCUUUCCCCUAUGUCAUCUCUCCGAAACAUCUGUCAACGCCCUGCUUUUAGUUUCGAUUCAUGCGCGAAAACUUUUGCGCUCUUACGCCAGAGAGUAAAGGUCUUUGCAGACGGUGAUAUCUGAUAGCGUCUGAAAUAAGGCAGAACUGCUUCGUAUUUGCGGACAGCAGAGAGACACCAAGGAAGGCAGGAAUCUCUGUUAGACUUCAAAGUCUAAAGUAUUGAUUAAAAAAUCCUUAAUCUAAGGACUGCCGUAAAACCACAGCCCCAGCAAUGGACAGUGGAGAAUCAUGUGUAGAGGAAAAAGACAAGGGAAAUGCUGGUGAAGAUAGAUUUCCUGCAUCGGGAACCUUAAAUUGUAGUAAUCCCCCAGAUUCAUCAGUUAGUGGAACAGAUGUAACAGAAGAAGAUGGUGGUAGUCGUUCAUCAGGAAACCUAGAGACUAAAAUAGAAGCUCAAUUUUCUGUAUCACAAAGAUUACCUAGUGCUGAACAGGACAAAGAAGAUAAAGGCCAUACUGAACCUACUAUAGAAGAUUCGGUAGCACCACAAAAAGAAUCCCUGGGAGAAGGUAACAAGGACACACCUAAUACAACCACUGAAUCAAAAUCGGAUGUUGAGUUCGGAGAAGAGAAAACGCAAAUUAAAUCCGAACCUACUAUACAUACAAAUUCUACUCAAUCAGCUGCAUGUUUAGAAAGGAACAUACAAAAUGUACCUGUACAAAAUGAAAAGCUCUAUGAUGAAGAACAGACAGCUGAAAACAGACAAACUAUAGAAGAUUCGGGAGCACCACAAAAAGAAUCCCUGGGAGAAAGUAACAAGGACACACCUACUACAACCACUGAAUCAAAAUCUGAUGUUGAGUUCAGAGACGAGAAAACGCAAAUUAAAUCCGAACGUACUAUACAUACAAAUUCUACUCAAUCAGCUGCAUGUUUAGAAAGGAACAAACAAAAUGUACCUGUACAAAAUGAAAAGCUCUAUGAUGGAGAACAGACAGCUGAAAACAGACAAACUAUAGAAGAUUCGGGAGCACCACAAAAAGAAUCCCCGGGAGAAAGUAACACGGACACUCCUACUACAACCACUGAAUCAAAAUCUGAUGUUGAGUUUGAAGAAGAGAAAACGCAAAUUAAAUCCGGUCCUACUUUACAUACAAAUUCUACUCAAUCAGCUGCAUGUUUAGAAAGGAACAAACAAAAUGUACCUGUACAAAAUGAAAAGCUCUAUGAUGGAGAACAGACAGCUGAAAACAGACAAACUAUAGAAGAUUCGGGAGUACCACAAAAAGAAUCCCUGAGAGAAAGUAACACGGACACUCCUACUACAACCACUGAAUCAAAAAAUGAUGUUGAUUUCAGAGAAAAGCCAAAUUUAAAUCCAAAUUAUACGCAAACCACUAGAAAUCCAGAAAGGAACAAAGAAAUUGCAACUGAGAAAGAGAAUGAACAAAAACCAUCUGACCAAUCUGAGAAUGAAAACCAACACAGUGAUUCACCUAAGGAUCCCAAUAAAAAUUGGCCUAGAAAAAGGCCUGCAGCAGUAAAGUCUGGUUCAGCAUCUUUUAUCUCAACAGAUAAAGACCAACAAGCAGCUCCCCAGAUAACUGAACCCAUUGAGGAAGUAGGAGCAAUCUGUGCAGAAGAGGAGCAAUCCAGGGGUGAAGUCAGAGAGAAAAAGGGCACUGUGUGUUAUGUAGCCAGUUUUGCUGCAGGUAUUGGAGGUGUUGUGUUAUUAAUCGUAUUCCUGUAUUUAUACUGUUUUGGAUCCACUCCAUCAUCUGACAGUACACCUGUAAUGAAAUUUUUAAAGGAAUUUGAAAAACUCAAAGCAGAAUUUCCUGGGCAGAAUGAAGCGUUGUGGCUGAGAAGCGGCAAAAUGCUGCAGAGGCACUUAAACAAGUCUCAGCCACUAGAACCUGCAACACUGAUCCUUACCGCAGCCCAAGAUGGUGAACAUACGUUACGUUGUUUGAGUAUUGGUUUAGCAAAAGCAUAUGCAACCUCUUUAAACUCCAGCUGGAAUCUGAUUGAUGGACCUAGCAAAGCAGCAUAUGACAGUACUACCACCAAACUGCAAGUCGAUGAGACUCUAUGCUCAGGUUUUGAGUCAACAUGCAGAGCAGCCGUUCUGCAUCGCAUAGAAGAGCUGGCUCCAGAAUCACUGCUUAUCCUCUACAAAUACUGUGACCAUGAGAAUGCUGUCUUUAAGAAUGUGGCCCUGGUGCUCACGGUUCUUCUUAAACAAUCAACAUUAAAGUCAGACCAGACUCUUACUGAAGUAGAAGAACAAGUGAAAGAUUUCCUGUGGGAGAAAUGUACCAGCCAAGGCAGUGGCAAUUCUUAUAAUGAAAUGAAUGUGGAUAAAAUGAGUGGUGUGUGGAGUCGUAUUUCCCACCUGGUACUCCCAGUAUAUCCUGUAGAAUCUUUAGAGUCUGGAAGUUGCACCUGGAGUUGAAUAAGGCAUGGAAUUAACAGGCUGCUUUUGCCAUAGUCCCUCUUUUUGCUGACUAAUAGGCAAACUACAUACUGUGCAUCUAUUUUUAUACAAAACUGUUUAUGCUAGUGCCUUUCAUUAUUCCUUAUUUAACUGUACAUAAUCUGAUACAUACACGAAGAAGAAAUUACGGAAGUGUGAAGUUGACUCCUUUAUUGCACAAAUGAAUUUCAAAUUUUGAAUCUUGUGAAAAACAGCUGUGUAUUUGCACUACUGAUCAUACUUCACCUAAAGCCCGGAAUCACGCCUGAAAUCAAAUUGAUUAAAUUAGGUUUUAUCAAAGAACAGUUAUUUAUUACAAAGACAUUUGUCAUGCUUACAAAAAUCUUCAAAAAUGUAAAUCUUCUAAAUGUAGUGAUUUCAAGUUGUAAUCUUUUUCUGCAUCACAAGAUUAAAGCAUUAUAGUUAUUCUU